GCAAUCUUUCCUACUACUAACCUUUGCAUGUUACCGAUGCUCCGGAGGUCCUUGUAUCUGGUCCAGUCUGUCUAAUGUUAUUUAGCGACACGGUCUAACUAGUAGGACACCCGCCACCACCGCAACGCACACAGGUUGUCACGUUGCUGGCACCAUGGUCGGUGUUCGGUUUGCAGACUCGGUGGAAAUGGCCGCGAGGGAGGAGCAGGACUUUGACAAGUCCGAGGCCGACGCAUUUAUUGGGGAUGGCAGGUCGUCGUCCUUCGACGUGGACCGAGACCCAGCUGCACGGCCGAGGAAUGCACAAGCCAAGCGGCGGCUAAUCCAGAGCUCAAUGAUACCGUGGAUCCUGGCCUGCUUGUUCGCCUUGACGUCUUUUCUCCUGCUCCUCGAGCGCUACGGGAUACGUAAAUUCGGCACGUACGAGGACAGGCUGUCCACCGACUUGUGGAGUCUGAGACGAGUGCCUCUUGAGGUGAAACGCUUCGUCGGCAGUCCAAAGUUCGACGAGAACGGUACCAUGUGGAUGGACACGACAAAUUCCCAGGCGAGGUGGCCGGAGAAUCUGAGGUUCACGGGCGACCUGACGGACGAGGUCGACGAGAACUGGAACGAGAUCGUCGAGGACCGAUAUUUCUCUGUCUCCGAGGCCGAGGCGAUCGAGGCAUGGGGGGACCGGAGGCACGAGUACGUUGACGAGGAAUUGGGGGGAUAUACCGCUGGGCUGGACGUGUUUCACACACUACAUUGCUUGAACAAACUCAGGAAGGCGAUCUACCCAGAUCGUUACGGCCCCGAGGCGUCUGCGGCAACGCAAAAAGCACACCUUGAUCACUGCCUUGACACGAUCCGCCAGCACAUAAUGUGUUACGGUAGCACAACGCCGAUCCCCACCAAAUGGAGAGAAGGGGCACAGCGACAGCACUUUGACUCUAACCAAGCCCACGUGUGCCGGGACUUUCGAUACCUGCACAAAUACGUGAAGCGCCGGAGCCAAGGCGGAGACCUGUUUUCCCCGCGUGAUAAGUCGCUGAUGGGCAUGGCAAAGGCAUGGGAACACGCGUGGGAAGAGGAUGACCAGCCUCACUGA